CUAUCGUUCAGUCGUUUGCAUUUCUACUCUUAAUUUUUAUGAAAAACUUGGUGUUGAUAGAAAUGCGAAUAGUAAAACAAUACGAAAAGCUUUUAAAAAAUUGGCUCUCCAAAAGCACCCCGACAAAAAUCCGGGUGACAAGAAUGCUCAUGAUGAAUUCGUUGAACUUAAUUAUAUUUAUGAAGUCUUAAUGGAUGACGAUUUACGAAGUAAGUAUGAUAUAUACGGUGAAGAAGGCAUUAAGGCGAAUAGUCAGCAUGGUGGAGGCUAUCAAUCGUGGCAGUUUUACAACGAAGUCUUCGGCAUAUAUGACGAUGAUCUGGAAAUUACGACAUUAUCGCGCAAUGAUUUCGAUCAGGUCACGUCGAACUCUAAUGAAAUUUGGUUUGUCAACUUUUAUUCAACAUAUUGUUCGUUUUGUCAUCAGUUAGCACCUACGUGGAGAGAAUUUGCUCGUAAAAUGUUUGGUGGCAUUCGAAUUGGUGCUGUUAAUUGUGCAGAUGAUCCAUUUUUAUGUCAGUCUCAAGGAAUUAAUGGUUACCCAUCACUUGUUCUCUUUCCUAAACGGAUAUAUUAUAAUGGAAUACGUUCAGUUGAUGCUUUAGUAAAAUUUGUUAUUGAAUAUAUGGAUGUUGAUCUUUAUGAUCUUAAUGAAGAAAAUUUUAAAAAUCUGUUAGAUGAACACAGUAAUUCUUUGUUAGGAUGGCUUAUUUGUUUUCAUGAUGAAGAAGGUGAAUCUGACUGCUUGACAGUGCCAACAAUUUGUGAGGAUCUGGAAAUUCAUGAAUUUCCUCGAUGGAUAAUGUUCAAAAAAUCUGGCUACGAAAUAUAUUAUGAUAAAACUGAUUCCAUCCACGAUAUUGUAUAUUUCGCUCAAGAGAGUUCAAACUCUCCUCUUAUAACGUUAACUGUUGAUAAAUAUUAUGAAGCGAUAAGUAGUAGUAAAAUGUGGUUAAUUGAUUAUUUCACUCCGUGGUGUCCCCCUUGUUUAAGAUUUCUUCAUGAGCUUAGAAAAUUGGAUUAUGAUAUUGCAAAGAAGCUUGAUAUCGAAAUUGGUGCUCUGGAUUGCGUAAAGCAUUUCAAAUUAUGUCAAAGUUCACAGAUAAAUAAUUAUCCGACGACUACUGUCUAUUUUUCCAAUACGACAAAUACAAAAGUCGGUUACCACACUGCUGACGAUAUUGUAGAUUUUAUUGAAGAUAUUCGCAACCCAUCUGUUCAUGAAUUAAAUCCAUCGAGUUUUGAGCACUUAGUGGUCAAUCGCGAUUUUGGAUCCAUUUGGAUGGUAGAUUUUUUCGCUCCAUGGUGUCAACCUUGCCAACAGCUUGCACCCGAAUUUCGAAAAUUGGCACGUAAUUUGCUUGCAGUUAGGAAUGAUAUUUCUUUUGCUUCCAUAAAUUGCCAAAUAUAUGGGCGUUUUUGUUUCGAUAAAUUCAUUCAACAUUAUCCGACUUUACACUUGUAUCAACAAUUUUCUAAUAAAAAUCCAGAAAUUUAUCCUUUUUAUUGGACUGAUCAUUAUUCGAUGGAAUCCUGGUUAAAUUAUACAUUGAAAUCAAAAGUCCGGAAGAAUAUGGGAGAAGAAUUCUUUGAAACUGUUUUAACUAGUUCUGAGUCCUGGUUGAUCCUCUUUAAAGGAUUGCAAUGCAGUGGUCACGGCUCGAUAUGCUCAGAAUUUAGGGCUGUUUUUGAUGCAGUUGCAGAUGUAAUAUUCUGA